GCGGGCAGCUCCAGACAGACAGAGCUGGUGGUGGGUGGAGUGUUCUGUCCCUUGCCCUACUCAGUAUGUACACUGUGCUCCAGGUUUACUGUGCAAAGUCCAGGUCUUCAGUCAAACCACCACCACCAGUAGCAGCAGCUCCGCCAGGCACCGAGCACAGUUGGCUGGUUUUAUCUGACAGCACACUGUGGGUGAUUUAAACCCCUUCAAGGGAUAAAACAAUGCUGCACUGGACUGAGAUGACGAAAGAUGAGCUGGUGCGGCAGCUUUCACCCAGCCGGUGGUCGCACAGGAUGUCUGCGGACGACGUGGUCAAGGCUCACGUCAAGGCGCUGAAGGAAGGUACACAGCGAGCCCGUGGUCUGGCUCAAACUUUACUCAACGUGCCAUACGGGGAGGGAGAUGGAGAGAAACUGGACGUCUACAUACCCGAAACCAACUCUUUGGAUGUCCCUCUUGUUAUUUACAUACAUGGCGGCUACUGGCAGUUUCUCAGUAAGGAGGAGUCAGGAUUCAUGGCUGUUCCACUCAUCGAUAAAGGUGUGGUGGUGGUUGCCGUUGGCUACGACAUCGCCCCCAAAGGUAACAUGGACCUGAUGGUGUCUCAAGUACGCAAGAGUGUUGUGUCUGUCAUUCAGCAGUACUCUCACAUCAGUGGUCUGUACCUGUGUGGACACUCUGCUGGGGCUCACCUGACUGCGAUGGUCCUCUCCACUGACUGGUCACAGUACAGCAUCACCCCUCAGAUCAGAGGGGCUUUCUUGGUCAGUGGCAUCUACGACCUCCUGCCCAUCCUGUCCACCUACGUCAACGAGCCUCUGAAGAUGACAGAGGAGGUGGCGGUCAGGAACAGCCCCAGCAAGCUGGUCCCUCAGCUCAAACUCUCGUCCUCCAGUUGUCACAUCGUUGUGGCCGUCGCUGAGAACGACUCCCCGGAGUUUCGCAAGCAAUCAGAAGAAUAUUACAAAACUUUAGAGGCGUCAGGACUGAAGGUGACCAUGGAGGAUGUGCCAAACACAGACCACUUCGAUAUCAUUGAGCAGCUGGUAGAUGGGGAGUAUCACCUAACAAAGCUUCUCUUGAAGAUGAUGGGAAAGAGCUGAGGUGUCUUCGAUCCGUCAUCUAAUAUUAACAUACCUCAGAAUGAACACACAUCCGCCACCCACCAAUAAUAUAUGAUAAUAUGCAUUAUUUCAUUAUCUCACACUUUGGUAAACGUACAAUCUAUCCACUUUGAAUGAUUAAGACUAAUAUGGCACAGAUUUUUUUGAAGGUCUGGUUUAAUUGUUUUUGCUGAACUUUGUUCGCGCUAGUUAAUGUGCUCAGAAAAUGUCCUAAAUAGGCUCAUUGUGUCCCAACCACAUUAACACAUAGUAAAGACAUUGUGUGCCUCACGCUGAAUCACUUCAAGGACGGUGAAUGUAGCCAAUCAUACAACUGAUAAACCUGCUGACUUGUAAACAGUGGUAAUCUGCACCAUGACUUGAAGUCCUCAGAAAGGACAAUCACAGCUUAACGACAAACCCUACAAGGUGAAUGAAGCUUUUUACUGCAGCCGCCAGUGAUGAUAUGUUACGCAGGGAAAUUUAAUGUGUCAUCCACAAAUGGCUAAAUGUGAUAAAGAAAACUAUAUAUUUGCACUUUUUAUUUUACAUUAAUGAAGUAGCAGAAUACUGAUGUCAAAACAGACAUAUCUUAAUAUCAAAAAAUUUGAAUAACUGGUGCACAUUGUUACGUCCUGGCAUCUAGCAUCUUGAUUAAUCGUUUGUAUCAUUGUUUAUACAAUGUUCUGUUAAUCAUCACUGUAGAUUAUUGAGAAUAAUCACAAUAAAUGUUUUAUUUGUGAACUUA